AUUUGUGUAAAAAAUGCUGUGGGUAUUCAGUGUAGUUUGGCAUACUAGCAUGUGAAUUUGUCACUGACUUGUCUGACCACUGACAUAUUUUAUUUAUAUAAAAGAUUGGUUGCAGAUGCAGUUGAGACCCUUUGCCAUACCGCUAUGACACGCCGUAUUGAGAAGUGGGUGUUGGUCAUCCCUUUGGUUCAUCUACUGAGAGGAGAAAGCAAACCAUAUGAGCCAGUCCCACCUGUCUUGAAUCCACAGUUUGACUCCUGGACAGGCUUGAAGAGAAUCACAAGACCAGAUUUAUAUGAUGCUAGUCAUAUGAAUCUGAUCCAGAUCAUGGAAGAAUAUGACUACUUGAUAGACAUUGAUCAUCUUCUUGUGCACUCUUGGAUGUCUCUGAUGGGAGUUGAUUACCUAAUGAACAACAAAUUGAUUAUGCGUGUUGAACUUCGAGACAUUCUUCAGCAUUUGCAGUUUAUUGUCAUUGUCAGUUUUGGCAACCGUAAACGCAUGUGCAGGGUUGUGAGACAUUUGACAUCUUAUCUGAUCGAGAAAGAGAGUAAUCACAAGAAAAGUUUUGAUGACAGUGAUGGAGUGUGCUGCCUGAAAACUGCAGUAAUGCUUCUUGGUUCUGUCUGCUGUAUCACAAAAGACACAGAGUUCUGGGAUCUUCCUCUUCAGUUCCUUGAUCUAGUCUGUGUAAUUGCCAAGGCAUAUGGCCUCACUGAUUCCCAGACAAGAAAGAUAAUUCAUGAAGAGUCAGUCAAGGACACAUUACAAAAAAUGAGGGAAUGGCAGACAAAUACCUUCCGCAACAAACUGCUCGAUAAGCAGUACGUUUUGCAGUUUUCUCUACCCAGUGAAAUACAGGCAUGGAGCAAAUUACUCUCAAUAUCUUUUAAUUAUGAGGAACACACUUCAUUAUGGAGAACCACAUUCAUGGAUGAUUUUCAAGACAAACUGAGAGAGGAACAUCCUGUGGAUCAAAUUGGAAUAUACUGUAACAAGAUGAGUGAGAUGAGCAAGGAAAGUCCAUUGUUGUGCAGCAUAAUGGAGAACUGUGCAAUGAAGGCUGCUGCACAUAUUUGCCAGGAUACAUCAGCUAUGUCAAACCUCAUGACAAGAUAUGAUUUCACAAAAUUUUUAAAACUAAUGUCAGUUGUUGUGAUGGAGUCAUGGCCCAAAGAUGAAAACGGACAUGAGAUACAAGACGAAGAAUUGGUAUUUGACUACCUCAUGAGCUGGCCCAUGGCCAAAACCAUCCUCAAAAUUGCAGGUAAACUGUGAAAUAAAAAAAGAACAUAACAUGAAAUACACCUUGAAUGCUCUUUAGUAAUGUCUAGGGUAUGCAUAAGCUUUCAAUUUUGUAUAUUACCGUACUCAUUUUGAAGGAACAUAUUCAUUGGAAACAUGAAUGCACUUUUGAGACAAAUUCAGAAUGUGAGGACUGUUUGCAACUUAACUGGAGGGUGCCUGUUUAAAAAUUUAAUCAAACGGAGAUGAAC